CAAGUUCCUUGGCUAACACCACAAUAUCCGCCGCCUGCGGACCGCUAGGGUUUUCGCUCCCUCCCUCCUCCAACGAAGUCCGCGAGAAAACUGGUGAGCGAUGGAUCCUUUCUCGUCUCCGGCGCCGUCGAGCGGUUCGUCGGGUCCCUCGCCAGAGGCUCUGAUGGACCAAGUCAAGACCCAGCUUGCCCAGGCCUACGCCGAGGAGUUCCUCGAGACAGUGAGGAGCAAGUGCUUUGCAAAGUGCAUUACAAAGCCAGGAACAAGCCUGAGCGGGAGUGAGAGCAGCUGUAUCUCUAGGUGUGUGGAAAGGUACAUUGAGGCAACAGGUAUCAUUGGUCGAGCCCUUUUCAGUUCCCCACGCUAGUUCAAGACCUUCAAUGUCUUCCUGGUUCCUGAAAUUUUGGACAAAUCCGAGAUGGGGGAAUUUUAUUCUCAAAAAAAGAGAUGGGGGAAGUUGUUGGCUGAGCAUUUUACAACAAUAUACAGUUUCAUUUACCUUCAUAUUCAAAUUUUCAGUACAUCAGCUUUAUGGGGGUUCCUAUUAUUAAGCAGGAGCAAAUUUUUCUCACUUUAAUGGGCCCAUAACAUCUAAGAUUUAUGUGUGGGUCAUGAUUUUCUGUGCUACAUUGAGGUGACAUUUCUGUGAUGCUCUCUCUUACAGCAAUUUUCAGUCAUAAAAAAUGAAUUGCUUCUGCAGUUAUUUGCGUUGCCUACACAAAGAUAAAGCUUUCUUAA